UUAAUCCGAUCAAUAUCCCCGGACAAAAAAUUAUCAUAUAUCUUCACUUUCCCGUUUCAUUUUCUCGCAAAAUCUUCCAUAGAUUUAUUUCCCCAACACAUUUACAUAUAUAUAUAUAUUCUCCAUAAUUAAGGUCACAAUAUCUCUCUAUACACCAAAAAAGACAAAGAAUGGAAGCAGAAAAAGCAGGGGCGGCGAGUAAGACAUACAACGACCCGUUCCGGAGUAUCCUAUUCGUUGUAGAAGUCACCGCCGUCGUAACUCUCCUUGGUUACUGGUGUCUCCCGGCGAUGGUGAAUCUACUGCAUGAGGUUGUGGUUUGGUUAGAUUGGUUUACUUUUGUUCUAAGAAACCUGUUCUUCGUGUUCCUUGUCGUAAACGUUAUCAUCUUCUUGAUUUACGUUUCCUUUUGCAAAACCAACACCGGGAAAAAGAAACCGGAUCUACAAGAUCAAUAUUUAGCGGCUUUUCCACCCCUCCCCCGUGCAUGUCCGUACGAUGUCUUUGAUAUUGGGGAAUAUAAUCACAGCUAUAGUUACACAGAGCCUGCGCCGACGGUUCAAGCGGUUAAGGCGGUUGAGGAGAGUAGUUGUACUUGUUGUUGUGAUCGAGAAGUGGUGGAGGUGAGUUCGAAGAGUUACAGGAGGACGAGAUCGGAGAAGACGAAGAAGACGGAGAAGAUGGUGGAGUACCGGAGGACGGAAUCGGAGAGAAUGAUGAAAACGGCGUCGUGGAGGUCUCAGACGAUGGAUGGUUUAAGCAGCGAGGAGUUUCGUAUGACGGUGGAGACUUUUAUCACGGAGAAGAAGAAGACGCUUCUCCAAGAUAUGGAUCAAUGGCAAAACGGUACCGUCCCUCAGUGGCGGAAGAACGGCGCCUUGCAGAACGGCGUUUUCCCUCAGUGGCAAAGCCUGCAGUGGCAAAACCCUGUCCCUGAGCCUCAAAAUGAUAUCGUACAGUGGCAAAACCCUGUCCCUGAGCCUCAAAACGAUGUCGUGCAGUGGCAAAGAUCGCGUGACAAUGGAAGUGGACGUCAUCGUCGUGGUCAUCGUAGUCGUAGUCAUAGGCUUGUGGGCGGCUCUGGCUCUAAUGGUUCGUACUUAGCUAUUUCGAAUUAGAGAGGGGCGCAAAUUUGUAUGAUUCUUUUAAUUAUUAGAUCAUUAGAAUAAUCUGAUCUGCGAGUUAUAUUUUUAUUGUAAUC